ACCACAAUUAAAAAGAAAAACAAUUACAAAGAAAGCCCCUCCCUCCCACCCUCCAUACUAGACACACACACACCCACCCACAUACACAAUCACACACAGUAGGGAGACAUGGCAUGGCACUGAGGAUCAAGGAAACGCCACAUUUGGGGCCGUCCACACUGGGAGGAGCCGCAGGCCGUGCCAUCAAGGGACCAGUACCCCGGCCCCCCCGACUCUGACAAACGGGUGGACCCCCACAUCAAAGGGAGGAACCCCCAGCCGGCCGGGUCGAAGAGACCCAAGGAUGGCACCCCCUCAGCAGACCUGACACAGCCCCCAGUGUGGAGGACCCACCUGAGGAAACACUGGAGUUAAAAGCUAAAGACUAAGAGCAUAAAAUAUGACUUAAAAAAAAUAUAUAUAUAAAAAGUUCAUUCAUUCAUUCAUUUUCUACCGCUUUUUCCUCACGAGGGUCGCAGGGGUGCUGGAGCCUAUCCCAGCUGUCUUCGGGCUAGAGGCGAGGUACACCCUGGACUGGUCGCCAGCCAAUCACAGGGCACAUAUAGACAAACAACCAUUCACACUCACAUUCAUACCUAUGGACAAUUUGAAGUUGCCAAUUAACCUAGCAUGUUUUUGGAAUGUGGGAGGAAACCAGAGUACCCGGAGAAAACCCACGCAUGCACGGGGAGAACAUGCAAACUCCACACAGAGAUGGCAGAGGAGACGUAUCUCUAUUCUUGCCUGGUGGACUUCUUCAAUGAAUGUACCAGAUACAGGAAUGUGCUUAAAGGUUAUCGUCACGGCGACCUGUUCAUGUCGUACAGAAGCAUGUUCCAAGAUGUCCGAGAUGCCAUGGACUUUAUCCACGACACAGGCGUCCUCAAGGAACAGACCAUCAAGAACCUUGAUAAAUACGUCAUCAAAGAUCCAGAUAUUAUUGUUCUUUUGACUCGAAUCAAAAAAGUCGCCAAGGUCUUUCUGGCCACCAACAGCGACUACACCUACACCGAGGCCAUUAUGAAGUACCUGCUAGAAAGUGGCACGAAGUCAGGAGGUACCAAAAAACCAUGGCGCUCCUUCUUUGACCUCAUCGUGGUGGACACGAGGAAGCCGCUGUUCUUUGGCGAGGGGACGGUGUUGAGACAGGUGGACACGGUAGGUUGCUAUUUCUGUUCGUUGUCCAUCAGAGUUGGACUGUUUCACUCCUCGAAAAUAUUUACAGGAUACAGGAAAACUUCUCAUUGGGACGUACACCGGCGCCCUCCAGCAUGGAACCGUGUAUUCUGGAGGUUCAUCAGACAUAGUGUGCGACCUGCUGGGCGUGAGAGGCAAGGACAUCCUCUACGUUGGCGAUCACAUCUUUGGAGACAUCCUCAAGUCCAAGAAACGUCAAGGCUGGAAGACAUUCCUGGUGGUGCCCGAGCUCACCAAGGAGUUGAAAGUGUGGGAAGAGAAGAAGAAUUUGAGGAGCUGAAAAAUCUUGAUGUCUUCCUGGCUGAGAUAUACAAGCACCUGGACAGUAGCAGUAGGGGCGCUCCUGAUAUCCCCACCAUCCACUCCAGAAUAAAGAUGCUAACAGUCAGGGUGGACAUGUCUUACGGCCAGAUGGGAAGUCUGGUGCGUAGCGGCUCCAGACAGACGCUGUUUGCUAGCCAGCUGAUGCGCUACGCGGACCUCUACUCGUCCACCUGCCUCAACCUGCUAAAGUACCCCUCCAACUACCUCUUCGUGGCUCCUCCGGUGCUGAUGCCUCACGAGGCGUCGGCGCUCAAUUCUGUGGACUUUCCUCCUAAGAAGAUCACCAACUGUGAGCAGGCGCUAAGCAUUGAAGACAAACUUCCAGCAUGAGAAACACAAAUGAAGAUGUCUCUAUUGCAUGCACGAGGAUUGUUUGUUUGUUUGUGGCAGCCAUGAUGGGAUUGUUGCCUGCAAAAUGAACCUUUAGUUCCCCCUGCUGGAUGGGAGUUGCUAUGAACCCUUGACUCAAUAAAUAUGAAGUCCAAUGGAAACCACGUCCAAAUUGUGUGUGUAUUACUACUAUUUUUUAUUUAUUAGUUUUAUUUAUUUAUUUAUUACAAAUACAUGCUUUUUAUUGGAAAUAAUUCAGCGACUUUAACAGUAC